AGGCUACAUUUUCCGAGACGACCCUGAAGACAUCAUACCGUAGCGUGGCGAGGGCGGACCGUGUGACGUAGAGCUGAGGCUCUGGCUGUUUAUUGUUCCUUCCCCAACACCGACAGAGAAAAACAGGCUAACGAGCUGUCAGCUACCUUUUUCACACGGUUCACUGUUGGUUUAACGAAGGUGUAACGGUCGAGACAGCUGACUGCACAAACCAGGGGCCAUGGCGUAUGCUUACCUCUUCAAAUACAUCAUCAUUGGAGACACGGGUGUGGGGAAGUCAUGUCUAUUACUACAGUUCACAGACAAGAGGUUUCAGCCAGUUCAUGACCUCACUAUUGGUGUGGAGUUUGGAGCAAGGAUGAUCACUAUAGAUGGCAAACAGAUCAAACUGCAGAUCUGGGAUACGGCUGGUCAGGAGUCGUUCCGGUCCAUCACCAGGUCUUACUACAGAGGAGCAGCAGGAGCUCUGCUAGUCUAUGACAUCACAAGAAGGGACACCUUUAAUCACUUGACAACCUGGUUAGAGGACGCUCGCCAACAUUCCAACUCCAAUAUGGUCAUAAUGCUCAUUGGUAACAAGAGUGACCUGGAGUCAAGGAGAGAGGUGAAGAAAGAGGAAGGUGAAGCGUUUGCCAGAGAACAUGGCCUCAUUUUCAUGGAGACUUCAGCCAAGACUGCCUCUAAUGUAGAGGAGGCUUUCAUCAACACAGCCAAGGAGAUCUAUGAGAAGAUCCAGGAGGGAGUGUUUGAUAUCAACAAUGAGGCUAAUGGUAUUAAGAUUGGACCCCAGCAUCCUACCACCAACUCCACACUGUCCGGUAGCCAGGGAGGCCAACAGGCUGGAGGGGGCUGCUGCUGAAGCCCCAAAACACACCACCUCCUCCUCCAACCCCACCCUUCCUCCUCCUCCUCGCCCUCUCUGACUCUCCCUUGCGUUUCUACAGAACUGUCCAGGCUCACUAACAGUUUGUUAACCUUUCUCUCCCUACUGCUCCAUUCUUUCAUCCAUCCAUCCAUCCAGCAAACCUUUUUUGUGUUCCUUUCUCUCUCUGUCUCUCAGCCAUGUCUUUCCUCAGUCCCUUGAUCAUACCCGAGGGUCUAGGGGCUGUGUUCCCAAGAAUCAACCUGACUUCCUACAGUCUUUACAAGGACAGUCAGUCUCACCUGCAGGGUUAGCCACCAAAUUCUCAAGUUUUGCAGUUGACUUUUUUUUUUUUUUUUUUUGGUUAGAUAAAUGGAUUUUUAUCUUUUUAUUAAAAAAACAAAAACAUGCUGGAAUGUGAAGAAUUCUGUUCCAGCUGUUUAAUUUUCACACUCCUCCUAAUUCAUGAGGUUGUUGUUGUUGUUGUUGGGAUAUGACUUAAUCUCAGAAUCAUUAAAAUGGUAUAUGUUCGCUAACAAUGUGGUCAUGGUUAGAGAUUAUACACACUCUGAACAACUAACUGUAUGGAAUAAACCAUGAAACGUUAAAAAAAAAAAUGAUGCAGCAUGUAGAUAGCAGGGCAUGUUUCUACAUGUUGAGUCAGUUUUCAUGCUGUGCCUGUGUGUAUAGGGACGAUAAAGGUAUUCCAGUAUGUCGGUUUGGGAGAUGUAGGAGCAUUCAAGUCAUUCUGUAUCAUCUGUCCAUAAAAACAAAGUGCAAAUUAUCACGUUUUUCUGUGCGUCCUUUCCCUAUUUUUUUCGCCAUGUUGUUUUGCUCCUUCUCUCUUUUUCUCUCUGUCUAUCUCUCUCUCUCUCUCUAUCUUUGUUUCCUUAAUGUUGACUUGCAGAUGAUUUGUAUUUAAUGAACACUACAAACUGGUUGUGGCUUAAAACGUGUUUUAAAAUGUCUGGAGAGAGAAUAAAAGACCAAACUGUUGAGUGUGAAAAUGGAUCCUUUUGGGAAACGACAGAAAGGACAAGCAGGAAAGUUAAAGAAACGUUAAGGGAUAGUGAGAGCAGCGGCCUCCAUUAUGAAGUAAAAAGUGGAAAAAUGUUGGAAGUCAAGACUUUUUUGUUAACUAUAUUUAUCAGGCACAUUUUUGUGUAUAUAUGGCUCUUUAGGUUUCUGUAGCUUUUUGGUUGCUUAAGGUGAAGUUUGGUGUUUAGUUGUGGUCUAGUUAUUUCUUUACCAGGGCUGGAAAAAAAA